AUGGCGACGGCAACUGCGGCGGCAUAUGCGGCGGCAACUGCAGCGGCAAAUGCGGCGGCUUCGACGCCCGUGUUCGUGUACGGCACGCUCAUGGCGGACGAGGUGCUCCACGCGCUGCUGGAUCGAGUUCCCACUUCCGCGCCCGCGCGCUUGCCCAACUUCACGCGCCACAGCAUCAAGGGGCGGCAGUACCCCGCUGUGGUUCCGAAAGCACAGGACUCCGUGAUGGGGAAGCUGCUCCUCAACCUCUCCCCUCCAGAAAUGAGCCUCUUUGACGCAUUUGAAGAUGUUGAGUAUGUGCGCUCCACCCACCCAGUUUCCCUGCAAGGGUUAAUUACCCAGCCAGAUACUGACCUAUACGGGUCGUGGGACUACGAGGCAUGGCGCACCAAAUGGUUGGACUCAUAUGUUGCUAUGUGCCGAGAAUUUGCACAAGAAUGGAAGGAAGGGGGGUCGUGGAGCGGCAUAUAG